AUGGCUUCACUUGUGCCUCUACCGCCAUUUGCGCCAGCCUCUGAAUCAUGGGACUCCUACCUCGCUCGGUUCGACUGCUACCUCCAAGCCAACGAGCUGACAGCAGUAUCAAAGGAACGGAAGCGGGGCCUAUUCCUCAGCCUCUGUGGGCCUGAGGUGUUUGAGACGGCCUGAGCAUUGGUUGCGCCUGAAGCAGUCCAGGCAACACCAUGGGACACGAUUCAAGAGAAGCUCUGCAACCACUACGCACCAAAGCCGUCCAAGAUUGCUGCCCGCCAUGCGUUCUACCACCGGAACCAGGCAGAGGGGGAGUCAAUCAACAACUACACCACUGCCCUCCGACAAGCUGCAAUGCACUGCAAGUUCCGAGACUUAGACGAUGCCCUGAUGGAUCGAAUCGUCUGCAGGGUCUGGGACAUCCAUCUGCAACGGCGUCUCCUCGCCAAGCCAGACCUCACACUGCAGAAAGCCAUUGAGGAGGCUGUGGCCUCGGAAGCUGCUGAACGCUUCGCCCAGGAGAUCUGCAAGGCCAGCAGCCCGCGUCUUGCUAGGAAGCCAGUUCCAGUGCAUCACGAAGAGGCCAGCAGUGAAGAGGCAUCCUCCAGUGAAGACGAUGACAUGCAGCAGAGAAAGCGGGAGCACAGGAAGCUCCAACAGAAGUCCAAGGGCCAACCGGAAUGUGCCUGCUGCGGAGCCAACCAUUCCCGUGCCAAGUGUCGAUUCAAAGACGCCAUCUGUCGGACGUGUUCCAGAAGGGGCUACAUCGCUAAGGUCUGCCGAUCAGCUCCAUCUGACACCCCCCCUUCACCGACUCGCAUGUCCAAAUCUUCACUCCAGUCUGCCAAGGAAAGCUGUUUCGCUCUCACCAACUGCCGCUGCCCGUCUGGAACCACGAUUGGCCAAACCGACUCACCUACGUGA